CCGAGAUUCACCGGCUUCUGCACCAGCAUGGGCUGCGCUCCGUCCAAGAUUGAGGCGCAGGUCGACAUGCCACGCGCCAAGGACGAGGUCUCGACGGCGACGACGGCGACGACGGCCAAGCAGACCAAGCUCGACGGGACGCCGUCGGGGUCGCCGGCGAUCUCGCUGCGCUCGGCGCUCUCGGCCUCGAUCCUAGGAACGCCGCCGGGCUCGCCCAUCGAUGUCAUCGACCUCUUCAACCCGUCGGCGGUCGGCGCUGUGCUCAGCGACCCGCACUUCGUGCGCCUCGUGACGCAGUACCAGCAUGGCGUCGAGGCCACGCUGCACGAGAUUGUGCUGCAGUGGAAGCGCCUCGCCGACGAGCAGGCGCGGGCCAAGUACAUAUUGCGGUCAUUUGAUGUACCCAACCAUGGUCUCGCGCGCGUUCGCACCCUGUACCACCACCGGCGCUACGUCUUCACGCCCGAGCUCGUGACGCUGCUGGCCUCGUAUGGUUGCACUGCGAUCGUCGAGUACCUCCACUCCAAGGAGCCGACCGAGACGGCCACCUUCUUUACUUGCGCGACCAUGGACGCCGCGGCGCAGAGCGGCAAGCUCGGUCUCGUCGAGUUUCUGCACGCCCACCGGACCGAGGGCUGUACCCACCGCGCAAUGGACUAUGCGGCCAUGGGCGGCCACAUGGCGAUCGUCGAGUUCCUCCAUGUGCACCGCUCGGAAGGCUGCAGCGUCGAAGCCAUGAACGGCGCGGCGCGGAAAGGCAACCUCGAGAUAGUGCGCUUCCUCCACGAGAACCGCCAUGAGGGCUGCGACCACUCGGCAGCCGACAGCGCGGCGCUGCAAGGCCACUUGGACGUGGUUCGGUUCUUUUGCGACCACCGCCGCAGCGACAUUGCCAGCGACAGCGCGUUGGCGGCCGCGAUCGAGAAGGGCCACGUGGCCAUCGUCGAGCUCCUCCUUGAGACGUUCCCAUCGGAAGGCAACACACUCAAGAUGCUCUGCGACGCGGCCCGCCGCGGCCACCUCCCGAUCAUCAAGUACCUCUACAAGCAGCGCGCCGAAGCGACGCGGUAUACAUCCCAAGCCAUCUUUUACGCCAACCAGAAGGGCCACACUGGCCUCGUGGCGUACCUGGAAGCCGAGCAGCGCCACCUUGUGAGCCAGCUGGCCUAGUUUUGUACUAGUUAUUUAACCCUCCUCUCAUCGACUAUUUAUUCUUGU